AUGCUUCCAGAUCAAAAUCUAAAAAGACCUCUGGGUCGUAAAAGAAAGUACUGGACGAAAGUGAUGAUGGAGGAUCUUGGCGUUGACAGGCAGUUCAGUCGAGAUGUAAGAUUUCGUGGCUCAUGGAUUAGCGACGAAUGGGUAGAUUCAAUGCGAACUCUAGCUGAACAUCGGGAUGGUCUCGGAUAUGUUCAAGGACGAGACAUCCCGGUGAAGAAUCGGAUAGCCGCGUUAGGUGUACAUCGGACUGACCGAGACGAGGCGACCCACCCACUGAACGCCGUGUAUGACACUGGAGGAGAACUGUACUUAGAAACAUGGGACAGUAGGGUAGUUGGUGGAGUUGGUGUCCUCGUCAACACGAAUAUGGCAGUAAACAUCGCCUUUUUCGAACAACUUACGACCCGAAUCGGACGUCUGCGGAUGAGAAGAUGUGGUCCAACACCAGUUUUGACGAUCUUCGUCGUUGAAGAAAAAGAAGUCGAAGCCUUCUAUAUGGAGCUGGAGUUCUACAGUGAAGAUCAUGCCUUCUACAAGAUCAUAAUUGUUGAUUUCAACGACAACAUUGACCCCAGAAGAACGCCUGGAGAACUUCACAUCGGAACCCCUAGCCUUCAAUGGAAUGGGCAAGGAGAGAGGCUUUCCGAGUUCAUUAUGACGACUAAGACCACCCAUGGGAACUCGCUUCCAGAAACCCUCCUCUCUACGCUGGAGGUGGGAGUCACCCGGUGGAGGGUAUCAUAA